GAGCCUCGUGCGGGACAUACCUCGGCCUCUGGCGCACGAUCCACGUCUCGCACCUGAUGCUGUGGACGUAUUUGCUGGGGCUGAUCCUCUCCCUCUUCCCGAUGCGGCUGGAGAAGGACCAGGCGGGCACGGAGUAUCGGUACGUGGCGCUCGCCCUGACCAUCCCAGUGCCUGUCUCGCUGAUCCACGAG